AUGUUACGAGUCCAUGUGGCGAAGAGUCUUCUCCCCAGGAUGGUUACUUUGGCAAGGGGUUUUGGUCCUGGGCUGCCGACGAAGCUGGUAAGAGACUCUUCCAGGUUUGCGAGAUACUCGCACAGACGAACUCUAUAUAAUUCUUCUUUAUAUCGCACACUCCCCUGGAGAAAUUAUUCGACUAAGAGUGUUAAAGAAUUGAAAGAUGUGGAUGAUGAGAUGAGCAAGAACACUGAUUUCCUGCACAUUCAAAAUAUUCUUUUGCAGAAGAAUAAAGAGAGAAUGGAUAAACAGAAACUUUUGGCAGAAGCCACCAAUUUUUAUGAAAGGUUUAAAAUUAAUACAAAGUGGUUCCUCAUUAGAGGCAAUAGGCCUUUCUCAGCAGACGAGAUAGGUACUUUGUUUUCAUGGUUGAUAUUAUCGCAGAUCAUCUGGGUCAUAUUAGGAACAACAACAUUUGUGUCGAUAAUUUUGUUGAUAUUUAAUACGGUUUUCGCAAAGGAGAUGGUGGGGCGUUUCAUUGGAAGAAUGUUAAACAUGUUCUUAGAUGGAAUUGAUGUGCAGUUCCAGGAUGCUUUAGUUCCUGAAUGGCAAAAAGGUUGCAUCCGCUUUCAUAACGUUAAUUUGAAAACCGUUAAUUCAAAGUCGCAUACAGCAGAGGAAAAUUCUUUAAUUGAAAUUAACUUGAAUAUGCAUCAAAUUGACAUGACAUUAUCAUUAAGAAAAUGGCUAUUGGGAAAUGGCCUCAUAAAUGACAUAGCCAUACUAGGGAUGACCGGAGAAGUCUCCACAUGUGUGCCUAAUAAAGAUUCUCAACAAAGCUUAAUACAAUGGUUCCAAAAUCCAAAAUAUAAACUAGGGGAGGUAAAAGUCGCCGACUCGUCAAUAGUGCUGCAUGAUCAUCAACUACAAAAGAAUUUUACUAUAUCGGUCUAUAAUAUGGAACUCCAGCAGUUUAGGUUCGAGUGGAUGAUAAGAGACUUCUUGAACGCUAACGUUGUAGAUGGCUCCAUCAAUAAUUCUUUAUUCAACUUCCAUAAACGACAAUUAAAAUUAACUCAUUCAAAUGAACUAGAGCAUGAUUUAUCGGGAUGGGAAAGAAUAACAAGACUGAGAGUAGAUUCAAUGAACGUACGACAAUUGGGCCUACAUAGAACUGACUCGUUUGGUUGGAUAGAAGACGGCGAACUAGAUAUUGUUGCUGAUAUAAUGGUACCAACUGAAGACGAUAAUAGUAAUAAGAAUGAACUCUUAUCUGCAUCACUCAAAAAUUUAAGCAUUAAUAACAUUACCUUUUAUGACACAUAUGACAACUUGCAUGAUAACAUCGAUAAUGAAUAUGCAUUUAACCACAACAUCACAAGAACAAAUGAUACAAAUAAAUAUUUAGUUUUGGAUUUGAAAUUCAAAUUCAAAAAUUUAAAAGCAAGCUUCCCAACUCGAAGCCCUCGCUUAUCAACAGGAGAACAGAUAAUUUCAGUAGAUGAGUUAAAACCAAUUAUCUCUUACAUAAAUACGAAAUAUGCUUUAUUUCAUUCCCAUUUGAACUCGAAUGAAGGUAACACUGUAUGGAAUUCGCCAAAUAUAUUCAUUAAUAAAGCUAAAUCCUAUCCGGUAACCACAGUUUUCCAGUCUUCCAAGCGGACUGAUGAAGAUGAUAAGGAAGGUAAAAUCGGUGGUAAGAAACAAGUUAUUAGAUUCCAUGAUGAUAUGCCAACACCUGAUAACGAGAUAGUCUUAAAUUUUAGAGUAGUAAAAAACGUUGAGGAAUUAAGAAACAUGGUUUUAUUCGGGGAAACAGGUAUAUACGAUUCUUUAACAAUGGAAUUAUAUGUUGAUUUAAUGAAAAUUGUUGAAGAAUGGGAGUUCAAGAAGAAGAACGAUUGGGUUAAAGCUUGGGGAUCAACUUUUGCUUCCCAAUUAAUUAUAGUAGGGAUCGGGGCAAUGGUUUAA